AUGGCCCCUCUUAGUUUGAAUCAUAAAUAUGUCAGAGGAAUUUGCACUAUAAUCUUUGGGUUUGUCCUGAGCUCCACCACCGUUACCGUGGUUCACUCCAAAACCGACGCUCCCGACGUUUCUGCUCUCAAUGUUAUGUAUAGCAGCUUGAAUUCUCCUUCAGAAUUGGAUAAUUGGAAAUCAAGUGGAGGCGACCCUUGUGGCCAAUCCUGGAAAGGAAUUAAAUGCUCAGGCUCAUCUUGGAUCAAUGGGCUACCAGCUUUCAAGCUUGACAUCUGUCACCUACUUUACAGUGACUUAAGCAAAAACAACCUCAAGGGUGAUAUUCCUUAUCAACUGCCUCCUAAUUCACGUAAGAUAGAUCUUUCUGGGAAUGGUUUGACUGGUAGCGUGCCUUAUUCAAUUUCUCAGAUGAAGGACCUAAAAUACCUAAAUCUUAAUCAUAAUCAGCUCAAAGGACAGUUGAGUGAUAUGUUUGGACAGCUUUCUAAACUCAAUGAGCUGGAUCUCUCCUUCAACUCACUGUCAGGCAAUUUACCUCAGAGCUUUAAAUCCCUCUCAAGCCUCACCACAUUGACUGGGGGAAAUUCUUGGUCAUCAGGGCCAGCUCCUCCUCCUCCCCCUGGGCAGAAAAGUAGCCCUCAUGCCAGUAGGAAAUCAAAAAAUGGUGAUGAGAAGUCUGCCCUUGGUGGACUAGCCAUUGUUGGAAUAUUGUUGGGUGUUUUGGUGGUGCUAGGUAUUCUGAUUGCUCUUUUCUCUAGAAGAUCUUCUUCACCUCCAUCACAUUUUCUUGAAGAAGAUAGGCUUAGCCAGCGUAGACCGUUUACCCCACUCACAUCCCAGGAGUUAUCUAAUGACUUGCGGGCUGAAGUGCACAAGAACUUCCGAGACCUCAAGUCAUCAGACUCGUCUGCUUCUAUUACUGUAAAGGCUUUGCAUACAUCUCCUUCGAUGGGUCUUAAGCCCCCACCUUCUGAUCGUAUCAAAUCAUUCAACGAUAGUGGGUUUGCAAACCAUCAGAAUGUCAAAAGGAGCAGUUCAAUUCGUGUCAUGUGUUAUUCUUUGGCAGAACUUCAGACUGCAACUGGUAACUUUGCAACAGGUCGCCUUCUUGGUGAGGGAUCAAUUGGGCGAGCUUAUAGAGCUAAAUACACUGAUGGAAAGGUUUUAGCGGUAAAGAAGAUAGAUUCCUCUCUUUUCCAAGGCGAGGGAGGGGUAGAUUUUACAGAAAUUGUUACGAACAUCUCCAAGCUUCACCAUCCAAACAUUGCUGAAAUUGUUGGUUAUUGCUCAGAACAGGGACAACAUAUGUUAGUCUACGAGUACUUCAGGAAUGGUUCACUUCAUGAAUUCCUACACCUGUCAGAUAACUUCAGUAAACCACUUACAUGGAACACAAGAAUCAAAAUUGCUCUGGGCACAGCCCGGGCUGUUGAGUACCUGCAUGAGGUUUGUUCCCCAUCCUGUGUUCACAAGAACAUAAAAUCUUCUAAUAUUUUGCUUGACACCGAACUGAAUCCUUGUCUCUCUGACUGUGGCUUGGCAUCAUUUCAUCAGCGUACGAGCCAAAACGUGGGUCCUGGAUACAAUGCUCCAGAAUGCACAACAUCUUCAGCACAUACAGUGAAAAGCGAUGUUUAUAGUUUUGGCGUGGUCAUGUUGGAGUUACUGACAGGUCGAAUGCCUUUUGACAGUUCAAUGCCAAGAUUUGAGCAAUCUCUAGUUCGGUGGGCUACCCCUCAGCUCCAUGAUAUUGAUGCAUUGGCAAAAAUGGUGGAUCCUGCCUUGUGUGGCCUGUAUCCUCCCAAGUCACUUUCUCGAUUUGCUGAUGUCAUUGCUCUUUGUGUGCAGUCGGAAUUGGAAUUUCGGCCACCCAUGUCUGAGGUGGUGCAGGCAUUAGUGCGGUUAGUUCAAAGAUCGAGUAUGAGGGAGGAUCUGGGUGCUUCUCGUCGAUUGGAUGACUACGACUAUUAGGGGGAAAGAAGAAAAGAAACAAGUAUAUGCCAUAGAGCAGAAACAUUUCAUAGGAAAGGUUUAAUUUCUGUGUUCAAUUUUUUCAUUCGGACGUAUCUGUGUAUAGACGUACCUCUGAUAUAAAACAUGAAAUAUUCUCAACUUUAGUGCUGCAUUAGGACCGCAAACUUUUUUGCUUAGAACCAAAAAUUUUAGUCAACCACUUGAUAAGGGUUUGUUUGGUUCGUGAAAC